UCCCAAUGUACGGGCCCCAACCAGAUGCUUUUCUCACUUGCUGGCUGAUGACGAGGAGCCGAGUUAAAAUGAAAUGGAACGCGACUCAUACAUAGUGUUACAAAAUGUUGACGUUUUCCCCAUCGUAAGACUUGUGUAAACGCAAACCACUCACGUGGAUUCGUCCUGUACGGUAGAAUUACAACGAUUAUUUCAUUCAGUUUUAUUAUAUUGUCGUUUUUGGCGUCUUUUUAUUUUUUACCUCCUUUACACCGUGUAUGAGGCAUUGUGUUACGAGGACCUCAUUUUUCUCUUUCCCGACCAAGUCGUUAGCUGCCAUCAUGUCAGACAAGAAGCGCAAAGCAACCACAGCUGCUGCUGCUGCUGCUCCCAGUGCCAAGCAGCAGAAGUUGGCCUCCACCAAGGAAGGCAAGACGGAGAAAGCAGCAGGCUGGCUGCAAGACCUUGUCAAACAACACAGGUCCGAUAAUAAGGACAUGAAAGUCAACAAGAAACGUGUUCGGUUUAUAUCAGACACACAAGAGGCAAAGGAAGAAUCAGAAGGGGUCCUUUAUUGGAUGCUGAGGGACCAGAGAGUACAAGAUAACUGGGCGUUGAUCCACGCCCAGCGCCUUGCCACGAACAAGAAACUGCCUCUCCACAUCUGUGCCUGCUUAUUUGUCCCCAAAUCCGAGUUGUCCACACUAAGGCAUUACAGUUUCAUGCUGAAGGGUCUGGAAGAAGUUGAAAAGGAAUGCAAAUCUUUAGACAUCCAAUUCCAUUUGCUGCACGGCUCCGCGGACAAAGUGCUGCCUGGCUUUGUGUCCGAGCGCGGCUUUGGGGCCGUCGUGACGGAUUUCUUACCCCUCAGGGAGCCUUUGAAGUGGCUGGAUGAUGUGAAAAAGGCUCUUCCAGAUGAUGUUCCACUCAUUCAGGUUGAUGCGCACAAUAUUGUUCCAUGCUGGGUAGCGUCUCCUAAACUUGAAUAUGCCGCCCGGACAAUCCGAGGGAAAAUUACCAAACUUUUACCAGAGUUCCUCACUGAUUUCCCCUUGGUUGAGAAGCACCCCUAUACAGCAACAAAAAAAUCCAAACCAGUAGAUUGGGCCAAAACCAUCGCCUCCAUGCAGGUGGACAGAACCGUGGGAGAGCCGGAGUGGGCCCAACCAGGCACCACGUCGGGCAUGGUCAUGUUGGAAUCCUUCAUCGACGUUCGCCUCAAACUGUUUGGCACUCAACGUAAUGACCCCAAUGUUGCAGCGCUCAGCCAGCUCUCCCCUUGGAUCCGCUUUGGACACCUGUCUGCCCAGCGUGUGGCGCUGCAAGUCCAGCGCGGCGGGAAGAACGCCACUCAAUCGGUCGCGCCCUUCAUCGAAGAGCUGGUGGUGCGAAGAGAGCUGACGGACAACUUCUGCUUUUACAACGACAAGUACGACAGCGUGGAGGGCGCUUACGAGUGGGCCCAAAAGAGCUUGAGAGAUCACACCAAGGACAAGAGGCCGUAUGUGUACACCAGAGAGCAACUGGAGAGAGCCAAGACGCACGACAAGCUGUGGAAUGCCGCCCAGUAUCAGAUGGUCUCCGAGGGGAAGAUGCACGGCUUCCUGCGGAUGUACUGGGCCAAAAAGAUUCUCGAGUGGACUUGCUCGCCAGAGGAGGCGCUCUCCAUCGCUCUCUACCUCAACGAUCGCUACGAGCUUGAUGGCCAGGACCCCAACGGAUUUGUGGGUUGUAUGUGGUCUAUUUGUGGCAUCCACGACCAAGGAUGGGCAGAGAGAGACGUUUUUGGAAAGAUCCGAUACAUGAACUACAAAGGCUGCCUUCGCAAGUUUGACGUACCCGAGUUUGAGAAAAAAUACUGUCCCAAAGGUCUUUGAGAGGCAUACUCUUAUUUGUUUUUAUUUUUGUUUGGUGGUUAUUACUGGCUGUGUUGUGACAUGCUGGUCACAAUCUUUGGUGCCGAUGUUUUUCUAUUAAUGUUUAUUUAUUCCAAGUGUGAGUGUCUGUAGUUUUACGGACCAUGUGAUGUUAAGAGACCAUCUGUCAUAAAAUGACAAGAAGCUGUACUGCAUCAGGGAGUACUUCAAAUUUUGAGAAUUGCUAAUGCUAAUACAUUGUGUGUUGGUUUAAGAAAAGUAAAAAAGGACGAUCUGUAAUUUUUCAUCGUGUUUGGUUUUACUGUUGGAAAACUCUUUUUCUAAAAAACGAUUAAAACUUUGUGUUUAUUGUU